AUGAGUGAGCACGAGAGAAAAGAAAGAUUUCUACAGCGAAUUUUAACAAUUGAAGACAUGAAAGAUACACAUGUUAAUGUUAUGCCAAAACGAGACUUUGAAAAAUUCACAAUGGAUGUGGAGGACGCAAAAUUCGAAGAAAAGAAAUCACCGAUACAAUAUAGUAGGCUUAAACGCUUUAAUGUCAUUGAAGUCUGUGGUAUAAAAAAGUUAUUCACAAAUACAGAGCCGUUCAAAUAUUUUUUACCGGCUGAAGAAAUCUACGAUAUAAUUGAUGCAGCACAUAUUUCUAUUGGACACGGUGGUCGCGAUAGACUUAAAAAUGAAAGCAAAAAAUACGCUAAUAUUACAAAAGAGAUGAUUACCAUAUAUUUAUCUAUGUGUGAGGUAUGUCAAAGGAAGAAGAGUAAGAAAAUGAGGGGUUUAGUAUCGAUACCAAUUCUGCACACUGAAACCAACAGCCGCUGCCAAGUAGAUCUUAUUGAUAUGCAGUCGCAAGAAGAUCGCGGGCAUAAGUUCAUUAUGGUAUAUCAGGAUCAUUUGACCAAAUUUGUAAUUCUGCGACCACUGACAUCAAAACGAGCUACAGAAGUUGCAUAUCAAUUGAUGGAUAUUUUUUUGACCUUUGGAGCGUCAUGCAUUUUGCAUUCUGACAGUGGAAGAGAAUUUGUGAAUUCAGUUAUCAAAGAAUUAGCAUCAUAUUGGCCGGAGUUGAAACUUGUUACUGGAAAACCACGUCAUAGUCAAAGCCAAAGAUCUGUGGAAAGGGCUAACCAAGAUGUUGAGAAGAUGCUAGCAUCUUGGAUGCACGACAAUAAAAGUACUAACUGGUCUAAUGGUCUCAAAUUUGUUCAAUUCAUGAAAAAUAGAGCAUUUAAUUCAGGGAUAAAGCAGUCUCCGUACCAAGCAAUGUUUGGAACUGAACCUAAAGUGGGACUAACAACAUCGAAGUUUUAGGAUUUUGAAUAAAUGAGACCAUUCUGUUAGUAAGUAUAGUAUAUUCAAUUCAGUUCAAUCAAUAAAAUUAUUUAGCAAAAUUGGUUGAAAAAUAACGGAAUUCUGAACAAA